AUGUUACGCUUACCGGUCAGGAUGUUCGACCGUUUUUCCCGAGGGUAUUGUACCAACAAACACGCUACCGCAGCAAAUCAUCGUAUCAGCCCUUCCUUGAUCGACAUCGCACCGGAAGUGCGCGAAACCCUCCAGCACACGCCACAGCUGGUAGUGGCAUUAGAAUCAACUAUCAUUACGCACGGAAUGCCUUAUCCGGCAAAUCUCGACACGGCCCUAGAGGUGGAGCAUAUAGUCCGGCAGCAGGGUGCAGUUCCUGCCACGAUAGCGAUUGUCGGGGGCCGUAUAAAGGUGGGCCUUGGGGCGGAUCAGUUGCGGUUGCUGGCCCGCUCCGAUAGUGGCACACCAACGCUUAAAACGUCCCGCCGGGAUAUGGCGUACGUGAUGGCGACGGGUCGAAACGGUGGUACGACGGUAGCGGGCACACUGCUCGUAGCCGAUGCCGUCGGUAUACGGAUCUUUGCGACCGGUGGCAUCGGUGGUGUGCAUCGUGAAGGCGAACGGACGAUGGAUGUUUCAGCGGACCUGAUCGAACUGGGCCGGUGCCCGGUGGCGGUCGUAUCGAGCGGUGUUAAGUCAAUCCUGGACAUACCGCGAACGCUGGAAUAUCUGGAAACCCAAGGCGUAUGCGUUACCACGUAUGGCAAUAAAGACUGCGAGUUUCCGGCCUUCUACACUCGCUCGAGCGGGUCAAAGGCAGCCUACAACCUUACCAGCCCAACCGAAGCUGCCAUGAUGCUGCACAUGAACCGUGAGCUUGGUCUUGGGUCAGGAAUUCUAAUUGGCGUACCAAUACCGGAACGGUACGCGAUGGAUGCCUCCGAAAUGGAUGCGGUAAUUGCAGAGGCUCUCGUGGAGGCAGAACGUAAACGAAUCCAGGGCAAAGAAGUGACACCAUUCAUCCUUUCUGCCGUCUCGCAAUUGACGCGUGGCAAAAGUCUCGAUGCAAAUAUGGCUUUGAUAAAAAAUAACGCACGCGUGGCCGCCGACAUUGCGGUGGAACUGGCGCACAUUGAAAAUGGAUCUUCAUCGGAGGUGAAGCAGCAAAAGGAUAAUGCAAAGAUUGCGGCUGCUGAUGGUGCUGGUGCUCCGCUCGUCAUCGGCGGUUCGGUAAUUGACAUUGGCAUCAGCGUCUUGGAGGAUGACCUUAAGCUCGAUGGGGCCACGUACCAUGCCAAGCAGGACACAUCGCCCGGCGGAGUGGCCCGGAACAUAGCCGAAGGGAUUUACAAAAUUUAUGGUAACGUUAAUCUGAUUUCGGCGGUUGGCAACGAUCAAAAUGGGUCCUACAUUCGGAAGCUGCUGCCAGAACACUGCGCAUCAUCGAUUGUCACGCUUGGCAACUGCCCAACGGCCAGCUUUUCGGUGCUGCUUGACCGGAAGGGAGAUUGUCGGCUAGUUGUGGGCGAUAUGGAGGCCCACCAAGCUAUCACUCCGGACUGGAUCAAAUCACACACGAACCUGAUCCAACAAUCGCCGAUCACUGUAAUUGAUGCUAAUAUAAGUGAAGCAGCAAUGAUAACCGUCCUUGAGGAAUGCAUCCGCUAUAACAGACCAGUUUUCUUCGAGCCCACGGACAUGCGGAUUGCUGAAAGACCGUUCGUUAGCGGCACCAAUGCUAAAAAAUCGACACUCGCAAAACGUGCCAUUAAAUUUAUCUCGCCAAACAUUCACGAGCUGUCCCAAAUUGCUCAAGCCCUGCACUAUCCCGGCCCGAUACCGACCAAAUCCAUGAGCGAGUAUGCCACCGUUACGGAGCUGCUGGAAGACGUGAAACCGUUGGGAAUGUUCGUAAACCGUACCAUCGAUCACGUGCUCGUUACACUUGGCCAUUACGGUGUGGCCGUGUUUCGACGUACCCCACCAACGGUUCCCUUCUUCAUCGGUGCAACCCACCAGUACAAACGUGUUCCGGAUGAUGCCGAGCCGGAGGGACGGUUCUAUCCUGGUCGAAAACUGGACCGAAUUGUCAAUGUUUCCGGUGCGGGAGAUAGCUUCACGAGUGGAUUCAUUGUGGCCGCACUUGCCGGCUGUACGGAACCGGUGUGCGUGAAUGUAGCACUCGAAGCGGCUGGCUGUGCUCUACAGGUACGUGGCGCAGUUGCGGAUCAAUACUUUAACCGGAAGGCACCCUGCUGGGUGAAUGAGGAGGGCGCCCCAUUUCAGUCGCUGUAGACUUGAGUUGGAG